UGCGGCGGCCGUAGCGCGGAGCCGCAGCCGUGCGGGCGGGCGGGCGCCCCGAGGCCGGCCGGCCGCGCCCCCCGCCGGCAGCCGAGGCGGCGGGCGGCCAUGAUGCAGUGAGGCGGCCCACGGGCGGCGGGGAGGACAUGGCCAAUGACAGCGGCGGUGGCGGCAGCGCCGGGGCGGACGAGCGGGACCGGCAGUACUGCGAGCUGUGCGGGAAGAUGGAGAACCUGCUGCGCUGCGGCCGCUGCCGCAGCUCCUUCUACUGCAGCAAGGAGCACCAGCGCCAGCACUGGAAGAAGCACAAGCUGCUGUGCCGCGGGGCGGCAGGGGGCGCCGCCGAGCCCGCGCCCCAGCCCCAGCCGCCGCCGCAGCCCCAGCCCGCCAAGGAGCCGGCGGCUGCGGCCGGCAACCACCACGUGGGCCAGGCCGAGGCCGAGCUGUACCGGGACCGUUCCGAGCUGGGCGCGGCGGGCGGCGCCGGGGCCGGGGCCGGGGCCGGCGCGGGGGGGCCGGCGGCGGCGGCGCUGCGGCCCAACGGGCAGACCAAGGCGCUGGCGCCGCAGCGGCUGGCGCUGGAGUACAUCGUGCCCUGCAUGAACAAGCACGGCAUCUGCGUGGUGGACGAGUUCCUGGGCAAGGAGGUGGGCGGGCGUGUGGCGCAGGAGGUGCGGGCGCUGCACCACACGGGCCGCUUCACGGACGGGCAGCUGGUGAGCCAGAAGAGCGACUCGUCCAAGGACAUCCGCGGCGACAAGAUUACCUGGGUGGAGGGCAAGGAGCCCGGCUGCCACACCAUCGGCCUGCUCAUGAACAGCAUGGACGAUCUCAUCCGCCACUGCAACGGCAAGCUGGGCGACUACAAAAUCAACGGCCGUACGAAAGCAAUGGUGGCUUGUUAUCCAGGCAACGGAACAGGAUAUGUGCGUCAUGUUGAUAAUCCAAAUGGAGAUGGAAGAUGUGUGACAUGUAUAUAUUAUCUUAAUAAAGACUGGGAUGCCAAGGUAAGUGGAGGUAUUCUUCGAAUAUUUCCAGAAGGCAAAGCUCAAUUUGCUGAUAUUGAACCCAAAUUUGAUAGACUGCUGUUCUUCUGGUCUGACCGUCGCAACCCUCAUGAAGUGCAGCCUGCAUUUGCUACAAGGUACGCAAUAACAGUGUGGUAUUUUGAUGCAGAUGAAAGAGCACGAGCUAAAGUAAAAUAUCUAACAGGUGAAAAAGGUGUGAGGGUCGAACUUAAUAAACCUUCUGACUCAAUUGGGAAAGAUGUUUUAUAAAGCCUUUGAUCUAGCAACUUCCCUUGCUACUCUUCCCCAAUAAACCUUGAAGCUGUCUAUUAACUUUUGAAUGUGAAUAAUGGAAUAAAGGAAAAUCAACAACAAAUUAACAUUUUAAUAAGGAAGCAGUGUUUCAAUGUUGCAUCAAAUAGAAGAUUUUUGACUGUUGAAGCAUUGUACUAUGUGAUUGUGACUCCAGACCUGUGACUGCUUAUGCGAAGAGAAUAAGCAAUCAACAAGAAACAGCCUAUACACAUCUGGACAUGAAAUAAGUGCCCUACAUAGAAUUUGUCCAUUCUUAUAUUUUGCCAGACCUGUCAUCCAGCUGAAUCCAAGUCAUCUCCCUUUUUUUUAUAUGGUAAAGGUUUGAAUUUUGGGUAAUUUUUGUAUGACCAGGUACAGUUUAUCAAAAUUGAGUAAAAAUACAGUGUUCUCCAAAAUAUCAUCAAUCUAUUUUUGUAAAACUGUUCAUACUGUUCUCUUCUGCCAUGAAAAACCUAAUUUAAUAUUAAAAAUUGCCAGUAAGUGAGGAUCAUUUUAAUUUUCUUUACACCUAAAGUCAGAAAAGGAGCACUUUACUUACCAGCUAGAAACCUGAUUGUUUUUAUAUUCAUAUUCAUAUCUUACACUAAUUUGAACUUUUAACGAUUGCUGCUGUAUUGUUUUGACAGUCCUCUGUGAGACUCAUUAACAGAAGCAAAUCUGUCUUACUGUUAGUAAUUUCUGAUUCAUGGUUUCGUAUGUCAAAUCCACAGAGGGGAAGGGUUGUCUUGCUCUCGCUCUCUCUCUAAGUGACUGGCACUAAGUGAGCUUGAAAAUAUCCAUGCUGUCUUCUAACUUUGGGGACCUGGUAAAUACCACUGAGUUCCUAGGAUAUAUACAAGGGCUUUCCUAGUCUUUUAGGGGAACCCAAAACCUUAUGUACUUGACAAGAAAUUUCCACCUUUCUCCCUUUUUAAGUCUUCUUUUCUAUUCUCCCUUCCUCCCCUAGUACACAACUUAAUAGAUUGUUAAUGUUCACAGGCUUUUUCUUUUUCAGUGUUAGUAUCCCAUUUGAUCUGCAGGCUGGCACCUUGAUCUUCUCCAUAUCAAGAGAACAUUCAGUACACUGCAGCUGAAGUGUAUCACCACGGGCUUCAUUUGUAAUACAUCUUUAGGUUGUCACUCUACUGAAGGAUUUCCCCCAAAAAGCCAAUAUUACUCUUUGAUCAGUACUAAUAAAUACAGACAGGGGAAAAAAAUCCUUUUUUUUGUUUGGUUUGGGGUGGGGGGGGUGUUAUAAAUUGACAUUACAAAAUAAAGAUGACAUCCAAAACCUUUGAAAUUUUUACUUUUAAGAGAUGAAUGUUCCAAACUCAGAUUGUUCCUGAGCUUAAAAGUCUGAGAAGAAAAAGCAAACUCUAAAGGGCGGCAUUCAAAAUUACUAGACUCUUGGGUCUAUCGGCUCACCCACUUCAGUUCUUCUGCCUAUCUUUUGUUUUCUUACUUAGCCAGAACAAUGUGAGUGUACAGAAAUAUUUCUGUAUAUAUUAAAACUUGUGACAAUUUUAGCAUCUGUAUAGAUUGUAUUCAAUUAGAGAACUUUUCUAUGGAAAGCUCAGUAAUUUUUAUUAAAAGGAUUGCUAUUGUUCAUGUAAAACAUGAAAAAGCUAAUUACGUUUAGUGACAAACUGACAGAAGGGGGAAAAAUUCAGUAUUGUGAUAUCACUUAGGAGAACUUGCAGCAAAAUUCCAGUUUUGUUCAACUUUCUAUUAGUUCUCAGCCUUUGCAGUUUUGUUUCCUCUUUCCUCCUUUCUUCCCAGAAAAAUCAGACAGAACACCUCAACUGUAAGUGCCUCUGCCAGCCUGACCAAGGAGUGCAAAUCUUCGUUACUGUCUGGUCUGCAGUGCAGUGCACUGCAUUAGGCCACAUUUAAAAAAAAAAAAAAAGCCACCACUUCUUUUACAUGCUUUUUAUAUAAUUUACCAGAGGUUUGGUUGGGUUUUGUUUCAGAAAUGUACAGUGUAAGCCUUUAAAUUUUUCAUUUCAGUCCCUCUGUAAUUCAAGCUUGUACUACUGUGGUUAUGCAGAGUAUCAAAUUCUAAUCACUGUUUAGGUUUGUGCUUGCCAGACAGGUUAAAAAAAAGUGCUUAACUUUUUUGCUCCAUCUGUGUUCCGUUCUGUUCUGGGUUUUUUUAAUCAUUACAAAAGGGUCAUCAGAUCAGGUCAGCCAUUUCUUUUUAGAUACUGUUCAUUUCAUGUCAGUUGCAUCUUCAGUCUUCACUGUUACCCAGCAGGUCCUUGUUUAAAACUGUUUUUUAAACUGUCUUAUGAUCUGUAUGUGUUUUAGUCCUGGUUAAAGAUAAAGCUUCAUAAUGCUAUUUUUAUCAUGACAUUAGCCAGCUGUAAAAUACGAGACCUUUAUCUAUAGCAGGCAAAGAAAUUCAGGAUUCAUUUACAGAUUGCCUAUAAAGUUGUGUAAUUUGAAAAGCAGUGUUCCUUAUGAAAGAGCUCUCAAGUUGCUUGUAAAGCUAAUCUAAUUAAAAAGAUGUAUAAAGGUUCUUGAAAACAA